UGCGUCAAACAAAUGAGCUAAUUUGAAUAAAAAAUUAUAAUUGACCAAUGGGAAGCCAGAAGAAAGUCAGAGCGGAAGCACGCUGAGACGCCAUUGUCUGGUCGGUUGUGAUUGCAGGUCACAAAAAACGAAAUUCAUGACUUGAUUUGUCGUUUUUUGCUGAACUCCGAUUGCAAAGAAUAUUGCGCAGCUGAAUAAAGAUACCGAAAUUUGCCGAUCGACCUGUGACGGAAUUUUACAGACGUAAAUCGUUCCGAUAAGUUACCUGGCAAUCAUGCCAAUCAAGAUCUUUGUGGGAAACCUGUCUUCGGACACCACGUCAGAGGAUAUUCGGCCAUUGUUCGAAUCCUAUGGGAAGGUCGUAGAAUGUGAUGUCCUCAGGAAUUUUGGGUUUGUGCACAUGGCCAAUGAGGGCGAGGCUGAUGCAGCCAUCAAUGAACUCUCUGGCAGUGUCAUCCAUGGUCAGAGAAUUAAUGUAGAGAAAUCUACCGGCACUUACAGAGGUGGUGGUGGAGGAGGGAAAAUGAUGGGACGUGGUGCACCCAGAGGUCGUGGUGCUCCAAGGGGUGGUGGUCUUAGAGGUCGCGGUGGCCCACCACAGGGUCGCGGUCGUGCCCCUGACCCGUACGACUCCUACCCCCCUCCUAGGCCCCGCCCUUAUGAGAGGGACCCAUACGCUGCGUACGAUGACUAUUACGCAAGACGCUACCCUGAGGACCGCCUCCCCCCACCCAGACACCCUGAUGACCGUCUCUAUGAUCGUGCUGAACGUCUUCCACCACAUGACCCCUAUGACAGAUACCCACCAUCACGCUAUCCGCCUCCCAGGGACCCAUACGACCGGUACCCACCACCACCGAGACCAGCCCCUGCUGAUCCCUAUGAGAGGCCACCACCUGACUAUUAUAACAGGUUCAGAGCCUAUGAUGGGUAUGAUGACCCACCAAGACGCCCUGCAGAGUCCAUGCUGCCUCAAGCCAGACCCUCGGCUAAUGGCUAUGAUGACAGGCCUCUUCCACGGGAACCUCCUGCACCGGGGACAGGCUCCGAGGCCUUUAGUAGCUCCUACUCCAGCUACUACGACCGCUUCUACAAGCCUGGGGGUGGGGCAAAUGGGUCUGCACCCUCUGCUCGCCCUGGGGGCCCCCCUGCCCCCUCCAGAGGUGGCGGGGCCGGUCGCCCCUCCCCCUACGCCAACCAGGCAGGACACCCAGGACAGGGCCGCCCAGGACAAGGCCGUCCUACAGACCAGCAGCAGGCACUUCAGACUGGACCAAUAUAUUUUUAAGGAAUGCUGGCAGCUACUCAUUUUAGUUUUAUCAUUGUGUUGUAAUUUCCAUUGUGUAAUACAAAUGUUCAUGUUAAUAGCUAAACAUGUUUUCCCGCUUUCUUGACAAAACAGUAUGUUCGACAGUAUGGAACAUCAUGGAAUAUAUUUGAUGCACUUUCAUUUGAGUUGUUUGUACAAUUUUGUGUUCAUUAUGUUAUACUUUUUCUUUUAAAUAUGUCUGCAAUUCAGAGUCUCAGCAGUGGGAAUGAGCAUCAUUCAGGCCUUUUUGUGUGAACAUUAUCUCAAUGAUAAGGUUGUCUCACAUUUGUUUCUGUUGUCAUUUGUCCGAAUUUUAAGCAAUGAUAUUUCAUAAAGCCUAAUAGGUAUUUGAAUGAUUAAAUCACCUCAUUAAUUUAAACAAGCAAAAAUAAAUUAGUUUUAAUUAGUAAAGUAGAACAAAUGUUUCAUGUUAUCAUUUUGUAAAUAGUUCAUACAUAUGCUAAAAUCAUGUUUUGUCACACUUUUGGAUAAUUAAUGAUAAUAAACAUUGUCACAAAUCAA